CGGUCUUCCCCAAACAAAAAACCAAAAAGGGAGCCAGAAAUCAAAAAAUUCCAAGUCCGGCGAGUCACUGAGUCCACAGCUCAGAAGCACCGUCUGAACUCUGUUCACUUCCGGCGAUCACUCACAGCUUACCGAGUUGUGUGGUGUUUUUUAUGGUAGGGCAUUAGAAUUCGAUACUUUUUAGGGGUUUACAUGGCGAAGCCUGAGCCGAGGGCUCGCACUGUUAUUGAGCCAUUGUCAUACUUCAACCUCUCUGAGCAGUCUCGUGCGCCGGUUAGGUCCCUUGCUAUAUUGAAUGUCUCGGAUUCGGAGUGUUUAAUCUACCUUGGGACUCAGUUUGGAGGGCUGUUUUUGUUCUCUCUAGACCCUAAGGAUCUCAAUGCUUCGUCUGCGUCCGAUCCUUCGGGCAGCCCUUUGGUCACGCAGAAUAUUAAGUUUGUGAGGAACAUUUUGGUUGGGAGUUCCUCGGUGGAUUAUUUGCAUGUGUUUGGCGAGAUUGGGAAGGUUUUAGUGCUCUUGGAUGGCUUUUUGUAUUUGGUUGAUUCACUUCUGCUGCAGCCGGUGAAGAAGUUGAGUUUCCUGAGAGGAAUAUCUGUCAUUACAAGGAGGUUGAAAAGUAGUGAAUCAGAGUGUUCGAAUUUGUCAGAAGGUGCUGGCAGUUCAACAGAGUCUACGAGUACAAGUCAGCGUUUUUUGAAAAAGUUGGGAGGUGGGAUAAGAGCAAAUGGAUUGAAAGUGAAGGAAUCAGUGCAACACCAGGUGGGCAAUUAUGUAUUUUCUGUCGUGAUCGGUAAAAGAUUGAUAUUGAUAGAGUUUGUUUUGAGUAAUAGAUUGGGUAAAAGUGACGAAGACGUCAAUGAUGGGUCUUUUGUCAUUCUUAAAGAAAUUCAAUGUAUUGAUGGGGUUAUGGCCAUGGUAUGGCUCAAUGAUUCAAUAAUUGUGAGCACACUCAGUGGAUAUACUUUGUUCUCAUGUGUCACUGGACAAAGUGGUGUAAUAUUCUCGUUGCCAGAUGUUUCUUGCCCACCACGGCUUAAAUUGUUGUAUAAAGAAUGGAAUGUUCUCUUGUUGGUGGAUAAUGUGGGCAUCAUAGCAAAUGCCCAUGGACAGCCAGUUGGUGGGAGCCUGGUGUUCCAUCGUGACCCAGAUUCUAUUGGAGAGAUAUCUUCAUAUGUGGUUGUUGCAAGGGAUGGAAAGAUGGAACUCUAUCAUAAGAAAACAGGUAGGUGUGUUCAGAUGGUCACCUUUGGUGGUGAAGGGGUUGGAGGGCCUUGCAUUGUUGCAGAUGAGGAAGAUGGAUGUGGAAAACUCAUUGUUGUUGCGACGCCCACCAAGGUUAUUUGCUACCAGAAGUUACCUUCUGAAGAACAGAUAAAAGAUCUGUUGAGGAAAAAAAAUUUCAAGGAAGCCAUCUCCUUAGUGGAGGAACUAGAGUGUGAAGGCGAAUUAUCUAAAGAUAUGCUGUCAUUCGUUCAUGCUCAAGUGGGUUUCCUCUUACUUUUUGACUUGCAUUUUGAGGAAGCAGUAAAUCACUUUUUGCAGUCUGAGACAUUGCAGCCUUCCGAAGUAUUUCCAUUUAUAAUGAGGGAUCCAAAUCGAUGGUCACUGCUGGUUCCUCGAAACCGUUAUUGGGGUUUGCAUCCUCCCCCUGCACCUCUGGAAGAUGUUGUAGAUGAUGGAUUGAUGGCGAUCCAAAGAGCAAUCUUUCUGAGGAAAGCAGGUGUAGAGACUGUGGUAGAUGAUGCAUUUCUUCUUAAUCUGCCAAGCCGAGAUGAUCUUUUGGAGUCGGCGAUCAAGUCAAUUACUAGGUAUUUGGAGCUUUCCCGUGAUAAGAAGUUGACUCCAUCAGUGAAGGAGGGAGUUGACACAUUAUUAAUGUACUUGUACAGAGCUUUAAAUAAUAUCAGUGAAAUGGAGAAGCUAGUAUCUUCUGCAAAUUCUUGUGUUGUGGAGGAGUUGGAAAGUCUAUUAGAUGACUCGGGGCAUUUGCGUACGCUUGCCUUUCUGUAUUCAAGUAAAGGAAUGAGCGCAAAAGCUCUUGCCAUCUGGCGCAUUUUGGCAAGAAAUUAUUCAUCUGGCCUUUGGAAGGAUCCUUCUCCGGAAAGUGGCUCACACAGAGUUAGUAAUAUUAUCUCUGGUAAGGAGAUUGCUGCAGCUGAGGCAUCAAAGAUUCUUCAGGAGUCAUCUGUUUCACAGCUGGUUCUACAACAUCUUGGAUGGGUUGCAGAUAUCAAUCAGGUCUUUGCAGUUCAGAUUUUGACAUCGGAGCAAAGAGACAAUCAGCUUCCACCAGAGGAAGUAAUUGCAGCUAUUGAUCCAAAGAAAGUUGAAAUACUUCAAAGGUACCUUCAGUGGUUGAUUGAAGACCAAGAUUCUAUUGAUACUCAGUUCCACACAAUAUAUGCGCUCUCACUUGCUAAGUCAGCCAUUGAAUCAUUCGUAGCAGAAAUUGCCUCCGAACUCCCUGAUCCUGUAAGGAGAGAGGAGACGGGCAUUUCUGAAUAUAACACGAGUGCAAUAUUUCAAAGUCCUGUGCGGGAACGGCUCCAGAUAUUUUUACUGUCUUCAGACUUGUAUGACCCAGAGGAGAUUCUUGACUUGAUUGAAGGAUCAGAAUUAUGGUCAGAGAAGGCUAUUCUAUACAAAAAAUUAGGGCAAGAGGCACUAGUACUCCAAAUUUUGGCCUUGAAGCUAGAAGACAGUGAAGCUGCAGAGCAAUAUUGUGCUGAGAUUGGCAGACCAGAUGUCUAUAUGCAGUUACUUGAUAUGUAUUUGGAUCCACAAGAUGGGAAGGAGCCUAUGUUUAAAGCUGCUGUUUGCCUACUCCACAAUCAUGGGGAAUCACUAGAUCCUUUGCAAGUUUUAGAGAGAUUGUCGCCAGAUAUGCCCCUUCAACUUGCUUCUGAGACUAUAUUAAGAAUGUUGAGAGCCAGACUUCAUCAUCAUCGUCAAGGACGUAUUGUGCAUAAUCUGGCCCGUGCCUUGGAUACUGAUGCAAGUUUAGCAAUAUUAGAGGAGAGAUCAAGGCAUGUGCAGAUAAAUGAUGAAAGCCUUUGCGACUCUUGUCAUGCACGUCUGGGAACUAAACUUUUUGCUAUGUACCCUGAUGACACCAUCGUCUGUUAUAAGUGUUUUCGUCGUCAGGGUGAGUCUACUUCAGUCACUGGUCGCAACUUUAAACAAGAUGUCCUAGUGAAACCUGGCUGGCUUGUGACCCGGUAAUCCAUUGAAACUUGAUGUGACAUUGACUGAAGAUUGAGGCUGCACGGUCUGAUUAUGUUGUAUCUUGAGGCAGAGGAUCAGAACUUUCAGGUAGUGGAUUGCUGAAGCUCUUACGGGGACAAUUCAGACACUUUUCUUGUUAGAUACAAGUGACUGAGUCCCAACUUUCUAGCUUAUCAUUCCAUAGAGGAAGACAAUCUAUCCGGAUAGUACGUCUUCGUUGUUCAGUUGUUUUAUCCUCACCAGUCCCAGCUUUUUCAAUAACUGCAAGCACGGUUACUGGGUUCAGUUGUGACCUGAUUGAAGCUCUAUUCAGAAAGUUGAGAUCCUGCUAACCGUUCUUGCUCUCUAUGGUCGCUUACAGCUCGAGAUCAGAAAAAAGAACCUGUGAGUUUUGAUAACUUGAGUCGUGUUGUUAUGUUGACCAAAAUACUGCAUGUAUGAUUGAAGUUGGAGGGAUCAGGAAUCCUGAUUCAGGAUUCUGCAUUGCUCAGUCUUGUAGAUACACCGAGCAUCGAUCUUCUUGUCUACACUGUCGUCAGAGUUCAAGUCCCCAUCACCAGAGGUUAAAUAGGGAUGUUGUACAUUCAAAAUUUUGACAGAUUUUUGUACUUGUAUGCAAUCAUUGUUGUUCAGACCAAAAAAAGAAUGCAAUCAUUGUUAAUUUUCGAGAUUAGGAA